GUGGAGGAGGACGAGGACCGUGAAAGAUGUUGUUGUUGUUUAUUAUGAUUAUUAUUAAGAUGAUGAUGAUGAUGAUGAUGAUUACUUUUUUCUGGUAAGGAAGGCAAGGGUGGCAAAGGAGGAUGCGAAAAAGACAUCUGUUGUUGUUGUUGUUGCUGUGGUGGAUGACUGGUGGCAUGUUCAAAAGGUAAUGGGCUACUGCUGGGUAACGCCAUAGAAGGUGCUUGCCUUAGAGAAGCGGCUGGAUAAUGUUCAUGCGUCGUGGAACAGGUCGAAGAAGUGUGGUUGGAUUCCAAAGAGGGACUACGAGGUCUCCCUGUCAAUGCUUUUUCGUAUUUCUUUUUGAAAAAUUGCAUUUCUCGAACGGCUUUUUCAUAUCUUUUUUGAUAACUUUCCUCCGUCAUUUGCAAGUGUUCCACUUCCUGUUCAAGAAUUUCUGAUCUCUGCUGAAGAACAGAUAAAAGUCGAUCAUAAUCUGUGAUAAGUCUCUUGAUUUCUUUUCGAAUCGCUUGCUUUAAUUCUGCAUCCAUGAUAUGUUGGGUUAAAUCGUAAAGUGUCUCUUUCGGUUCCAAUCUCUGCUGUUGUUGUAAGAAUUGAGAGGAGCCAUUCGAAGCCAUGGCCAUAGGUGUGGCAGAAGGUGGUGGUGGUGGUGGUGGUGGU